AUGCAAGAUCCAGAAGACAAAGAAAACUACGAAGUUUAUGCCGAAUUUUUUGAAAAUGAGCCACAAACUGUUCUCAAACCUCGAUUUAAUUUUUGGGUUAGUGCUAAACGAGCAUUUACACGUGCAGGAAAAAUGCAAAAAAAAUUUACUCGAUUAGCUCAAGAAACAGUUGAAAAUGUUCGAGAAAAAGCGUAUAUAAGAACAGGUGGUGAUAGUCAUUUAAAUGCAAUCGAAUUUGAUAGAUUAAAACAAUUAACAUUAUUACAAACAUUUGAUGUAUAUCCAACAGAAUUAGAAAAUGUUUCAGAAUAUGAACAUUUUAACGACUGUCUCGAUACAUUUCCAUUAUACAAAGGCAAAGGUUCGAGUCGAUCAGAUGAAAUUGGAGAUGAAAAACGUGUAUUUGUUAAAUUUAAGGGUAAACUUCGUAUUCGUGAAGUACCCGCACAAGAUGGUAGAACUCGUUCAACGUCUGCAGGUCCACCCCGUAAUUUAGUGAUACCGGAAGCUCAACCAUCGCAUAUAGGAAAUUCAAUACGUUCACUUGACUUUAAUAAAAAUCCUAUUAUCAUGAAAUGUCGUUUGUAUCUUAUAAAAGCAGUAUUAUUUCGAGCAUGGGAUGCAUCGGGAAGAGCUGAUCCAUAUCUAAAAAUAUUUCUAAAUAACCAAAUUAUUAUUGAUGACCAACAAAAUAAAUUACACAAUACAUUGGAACCCAUAUUCGGACGGUAA